GUGUUGGUAAAUCUGCACUCACAAUCCAGUUUAUUCAAGCACACUUUGUUGACGAAUAUGAUCCCACUAUUGAAGACUCCUAUCGUAAACAAUGCGUCAUUGAUGAUGAAGUCGCUUUAUUAGAUGUGCUGGAUACUGCUGGGCAAGAGGAAUACAGGCAUGUUGCCAUGCGAGAACAAUACAUGCGUACUGGAGAGGGAUUCCUUCUUGUUUAUUCCAUUACAUCUCGUAAUUCUUUUGACGAAAUUUCUACGUUCCAUCAACAAAUUCUUCGCGUGAAAGAUAAGGAUUACUUUCCAACAAUUGUUGUGGCUAAUAAAUGUGAUUUAGAGAUGGAAAGACAAGUUUCUGGACAGGAGGGUCGAGAGCUUGCCAAAAAUUUCAACUGUAGAUUUAUCGAGACUUCUGCCAAGCAACGCAUUAAUGUAGAUGAAGCAUUCUAUAAUCUUGUCCGUGAGAUUAGAAGAUACAACAAAGAGCAGCAAUUUGGGGGCCGAAACCCUGCAAAUCCGGGAGGCAAUGAAUACUCUCAUGAAGGAAUUGAAGAGGGUGGUUGUUGUUGUGUGGUCAUGUAA